AUGUGUGGAGGAAAAAGUGUUACCAUAAAUGGAAAUGACUGGGAAAAUCUGGACAAGGGGCAAAUUCUUGAACAUAAGGACAAUCCACCUUGCUGUGCUUCACCACCAUGUUCUGAGUGUUUCGUCUCUAUCAAGGCUACGGAUCGAGGCAUACCACCAUUGGAAAGCACAGCUUUGCUCAAAGUUUUGCUUACUACAGAGAAUUUACAUGAUCCACAGAUUAAUAUCAGGCUACACCCUUCAAACGUUGAUUUUGCAUUAAUCGAGACUGGAGCUUUAGCGGAUCCAUCACCGAUCUCAAUUGAAUCAGGGAAUGAAGAUAGCAUAUUUGAUCUCAUUGUACAAAAACAAUUUUCGAUACUAAAGUUAACUAAAAAUGCUGAAAAUAUUGAUCGCUCGGAAUUUGAUCUACAGUUCUUGGCCAAGGACGGGCAAACGCCACCAAGGGUGACGAGAAGAUUAUUGAAGGUCUAUAAUGAAGCAAAGUUAACAGCUUCUCCUGUCAUGGUGGAAAAAAAUUUGGCAGUAACAUUACCGGAAAACUCUCCCGUAGGAAGCUUUGUUACUCAAGUGCACACAAACUCGUCCAAUUGCCGCUUUUUCCUGUCUGGUACCACCCCUUUUCAUGUGGACGAGUUGAGCGGUAAGACGGUCUAG